UGGAGAUGAGGAGGAGCUGGAAAUGCAGAUUUAGCAUCAAGCACAGACCUACACUCGCUCUCUCUCUCAGAAGCACAGAGCUCCCCACACUCUCACCCUUCCAGCGAGCCGGGCCGCCUGACGGCCGGGUUUCCCGGGCCAGCGGCUAGACCAGAGCACACAUUGAUUUGCUGCUUUCUAAGCCCCUCAACAGUUUCUCUCUCUACACAAAGAUUUUUUUCAACAAACAAAAGCAACAAACUAUAUACAUAUAUAUUUUAAAAUAUUUUUUGCCUUCCCUCCUGCUCCCCUGCUCCGCCAGCCCGCGCGUCUCCUAGUACCACUUUUCCGUCCAAAGAAAGAUGAAAGGUGGCCGUGUCUCCCAGUGGAAGGCGGCCGCCGGGCUCCUCGUCUGUGUCAUGAUUUUUGCAUCUGCCGAGAGACCGGUCUUCACGAAUCAUUUUCUUGUGGAGUUGCAUAAAGGGGGAGAAGAAGAAGCUCGCCAAGUUGCAGCAGAACACGGGUUCGGUGUCCGAAAGCUCCCCUUUGCUGAAGGCCUGUACCACUUUUAUCAUAAUGGUCUUGCAAAGGUCAAAAGAAGACGCAGCUUGCACCACAAGCAGCAGCUGGAGAGAGACCCCAGGGUAAAGAUAGCCUUGCAACAGGAAGGAUUCAACCGAAAAAAGAGAGGGUAUAGAGACAUCAAUGAGAUCGAAAUCAACAUGAACGAUCCUCUUUUUACAAAGCAGUGGUAUCUGAUCAACACAGGACAAGCUGAUGGUACACCUGGCCUGGACUUGAAUGUGGCAGAAGCCUGGGAGCUGGGCUACACGGGAAAAGGCGUUACCAUUGGAAUUAUGGAUGAUGGCAUUGAUUAUCUCCACCCAGACCUGGCCUCCAAUUAUGUUGAUGUGAAGGCAUUUGCUAGUGCCCGUCUCCUUUGGAUCACUCCCUGCUAGCACAGCUGAAACAAAUGGGAGGUAGAUGUCUGCAGAACGGUGGACUGUGACGAGCCAACCCAAGAGAUGAGAGAGGUGUCCGAGUCUUGUCCCUCACCCCAUGCACAGGAGAAAGCCAAGGUCCUGGGGAAAUGUGAAUUUCUGCAGAGCUAGCCCUGGACUCAGCUCUCAAAUGCCCACUCUAAUACAUGACAGCAUCUGCUCACAACAUAAUGCCAGUUCACACCAGUGUGGGAACACAGAUCUGGAUUUCCAAGUGCCCAGGAAAAAGGCAGCCCAGACAA